AAGCGCGCGCACUAUUGCGGGCACACUGUGAGGGGUGUACAGAAGGGAACGUAGUCAAGCGAUCGUCCGGCUGUGGAUACGAGCUUCAUGCUCAGUGUAGGUAGAAAGUUAAUUUUGAUAAUAGAAAAACGUUUUUUUAUUUUUACUACACAGUGCUCCGCGCACCAAUCGAAACUUAUAUAUGUGGUUCAUGGUUUCUUAUUGCGGUGGAUCAGUAGUGGCUAAAAAGUGGAAGGCAUAAUUUGUGGUGUGAAUGCAUAAAUUUUAUCAUAAAGCAACCAAUAGCUGAGUUUUAUUCAAGGAGUGCAGUGAUUAUUAGUUUUAUCACUUAAAUAAAAAAAAAAAAAAAAAAAAAAAAAGUGGUAUAUAGUGCUGGUGUUAACUGGAGUUUGCUAACAGGGCAGAAGCUCGAACGCAUGUAGGAACAUGGCCGUAUCCAACCCCUGCCUCCCUCUAGAGGUUGGCAGAAGUUCAAGAGGAGGAACGCAGGUACACUGGAUACUCAAGUCAGUACUGGCGAAGGAAGAGAUUGGCCGGAUUGAGUUGACUCGGUGACUGAGUUAGUUUGGGAGGGGAGGUAUCUGGAGUAGUAAAAAUGGCACCAGCUCGGGAUCAAGGUGGGGGGGUUGGCGGGUCGGGGGGUAAUAAAGGCCCUUCUUCGCUCUUUAUCUUGAGUGAAGAAAAUUGUAUAAGAAAACAUACUCGUUUUAUAAUUGAGUGGCCUCCCUUCGAGUACGCCGUCCUUCUUACCAUCAUUGCAAACUGCGUGGUGCUUGCUCUCGAGGAACAUCUCCCCUGCCAUGAUAAAACUGUGCUCGCACAAAAACUCGAGUCUACAGAGAUCUAUUUUCUCGGGAUUUUUUGUGUUGAAGCAAGCCUAAAGAUCCUAGCACUGGGCUUCGUUCUCCAUCGUGGUUCCUAUCUUCGUAACAUCUGGAAUAUCAUGGACUUUUUUGUUGUUGUCACUGGGUUCAUCACGGCGUUCCCGCAUGGCAUAAAUCUGGAUAUGGAUCUACGAACACUACGUGCAAUACGCGUGUUGCGACCGCUCAAACUAGUCUCCGGCAUACCGAGUCUUCAAGUUGUACUCAAAUCCAUCAUCAAGGCAAUGGCACCUUUGUUACAAAUCGGAUUGUUGGUUCUUUUCGCCAUUGUGAUAUUUGCCAUCAUCGGCCUCGAGUUUUAUUCAGGAACGCUACACAAAACGUGCUAUAGUAUAGAAAAUAUCCAACAAAUUAUAAAAGAAGGUGACCUGCCAAACCCGUGCAACACAGAUGAUGUAAGUUUGGCGCCUUUGGGUGCUCACGUUUGCAACUUGAGUACUUCGAUUUGUGCAGAUCGCUGGGAGGGACCAAACAACGGCAUUACUAGUUUUGACAACAUUGGAUUUGCUAUGCUCACCGUCUUCCAGUGUAUUACUAUGGAGGGUUGGACUGCCAUAUUAUACUGGACGAAUGACGCUCUUGGUAGCACUUUCAACUGGAUUUACUUUAUUCCUUUGAUCGUCAUUGGAUCUUUCUUCAUGCUGAAUUUAGUUCUUGGUGUCUUGAGCGGAGAAUUUGCAAAGGAGAGAGAAAAAGUGGAAAACCGUCAAACAUUUUUGAAGUUACGAAGGCAACAACAACUAGAACGUGAACUCAAUGGCUAUGUCGAAUGGAUUUGUAAAGCAGAGGAGGUUAUUCUGGCCGAAGAAAGAACAACAGAGGAAGAAAAAAUGCACAUAAUAGAAGCUAGGAGAAGAAAUGCUGCAAAAAGAAGGAAACUUAAAAACCUUGGAAAAAGUAAAAGCACAGAUACGGAAGAAGAAGAUGGUGAUGAUGAUCCAGAAGAUGGGUUUACGAGAACUUCAUACUUGAAGUCAAAAGUGAAAAAUAAAGGUGCCUGUUUGGAAUUCUGGCGUGCUGAGAAAAGAUUUCGAUUUUGGAUAAGACAUACAGUUAAGACCCAGGGUUUCUACUGGUUUGUCAUUGUACUUGUCUUUUUCAAUACAGCAUGUGUAGCAGUCGAGCAUUACGAUCAGCCUGAAUGGCUUACUGAUUUUCUAUAUAUUGCUGAGUUUGUAUUCCUAGGCCUUUUCAUGUUUGAAAUGUUUGUCAAAAUGUACGCACUCGGGCCACGUAAUUAUUUCGAGUCGAGCUUUAACCGAUUUGACUGCGUUGUCAUUUCGGGAUCAAUAUUUGAGGUAAUAUGGUCUGCAGUCAAAUCUGGCUCGUUCGGUUUCUCCGUCCUUCGUGCCCUUCGACUCCUGAGAAUAUUUAAAGUAACUAAGUACUGGGCCAGCCUUAGGAACCUUGUGAUUUCACUGCUCAAUUCAAUGCGCAGCAUCUUAUCGCUCCUCUUUCUGCUCUUCCUAUUUAUUCUCAUAUUUGCCCUUCUUGGUAUGCAGCUUUUUGGCGGUCAAUUCAACUUUGAUACUGGAACGCCGCCUACAAAUUUCAACACUUUCCCCAUUGCACUACUCACUGUCUUCCAAAUUUUGACUGGUGAAGACUGGAAUGAAGUUAUGUAUCAAGGCAUUCAGUCUCAAGGUGGUCACAAAAAGGGAAUGAUAUAUUCUCUUUAUUUCAUAAUUCUGGUUCUUUUUGGUAACUAUACCCUGCUGAAUGUAUUCUUGGCUAUCGCCGUUGACAAUUUAGCCAAUGCACAAGAAUUAACUGCUGCGGAAGAAGAACAAGAGGAAGAGGACAAGGAGAAACAGAAACAAGAGCUUGAAAAAGAAAUGGAGGCUUUACAAAUGCCAGGAGACGGAACUAACCCAAAAGUAGAAAUUUCUCCACCCAGUCCGUCGCAAAAAUUUAAAAGUGGAACUAUUGGUAAACAGAUUUCUGAAGAAAAGAAACAAAAUGACGAUGAUGACACGGGACCAAAACCAAUGCUGCCAUAUUCGUCUAUGUUUAUAUUGUCUCCUACGAACCCCGUAAGAAGAGGAGCACAUUGGGUAGUAAAUCUAAGAUACUUUGACUUCUUCAUCAUGGUCGUAAUCUCGCUUUCGAGUAUUGCGUUGGCCGCAGAAGAUCCAGUAGAUGACGAUUCUCAGAGGAAUACCAUCCUCAACUACUUUGAUUACGCUUUUACUGGAGUAUUUACAAUAGAGAUGAUCCUUAAGGUUAUCGAUUUAGGAGUAAUUCUUCAUCCGGGAUCGUAUCUACGUGAAUUUUGGAACGUGAUGGAUGCAAUUGUUGUAAUAUGCGCUGCAGUAUCUUUCGCGUUUGAUAUGAGUGGUAGUUCAGCGGGUCAAAAUCUAUCGACUAUAAAAUCAUUACGUGUUCUUCGAGUAUUAAGACCUCUUAAAACUAUAAAACGAGUGCCGAAACUUAAAGCUGUGUUCGAUUGCGUGGUAAAUAGUUUAAAAAAUGUCAUUAACAUUCUCAUAGUGUAUAUAUUAUUUCAAUUCAUCUUUGCUGUGAUAGCGGUGCAGCUAUUUAACGGAAAAUUCUUUUACUGUACAGACGAAAGUAAAUACACAAAGGCGGAAUGUCAGGGUCAAUUCUUCAUAUUCGAAGAUGAUCGAAUGAUUCCUGAAGCUAAAGACCGAGAAUGGCUUACGCAGAGUUUUCAUUACGAUAAUGUUAUGGCUGCGAUGUUAACUUUAUUUGCCGUACAAACGGGGGAGGGCUGGCCCCAAAUCCUACAAAACUCGAUGGCCGCUACGUACGAAGAUCGAGGUCCUAUUCAAAACUUUCGAAUAGAAAUGUCUAUAUUCUACAUUGUAUAUUUUGUUGUAUUUCCAUUUUUCUUCGUCAACAUCUUUGUGGCCUUGAUUAUCAUCACUUUCCAGGAACAAGGGGAAGCAGAAUUACAAGAUGGAGAAAUUGAUAAAAAUCAGAAAUCCUGCAUAGACUUUACAAUACAAGCCCGUCCACUGGAGAGGUAUAUGCCUAAAGAGCGAAAUAGUAUGAAGUAUAAAAUAUGGAGGAUAGUAAUGUCUACGCCUUUUGAGUACUUUAUCAUGAUUUUGAUUGUACUAAAUACACUAUUACUUAUGAUGAAGUAUCACGAGGCGCCUUCUAUUCUAUUGGACAGCUUGACCAUUGUCAACUUGAUCGUCACGUUACUUUUCCUCAUAGAGUGCAUUCUUAAACUCAUCGCUUUUGGAUGCAAGAAUUUUUUCAAGGAUCCAUGGAAUACAUUUGACUUCAUCACAGUCAUCGGCAGCAUCGUGGACGCCUUAGUAAUUGAAUUUGGGGGAAAAAUAGCUGCACUCUUCAAUGUGAAGUGCACAAAAAUCGAUAUGCAAACCAAACAAUGUAAGGAGAACUUCAUCAAUGUUGGAUUUUUAAGGCUAUUUCGUGCUGCGAGACUCAUAAAACUUCUCAGACAGGGAUACACAAUACGAAUCUUGUUGUGGACCUUCGUUCAAUCCUUUAAGGCACUACCAUACGUUUGUUUACUGAUAGCAAUGUUGUUUUUCAUCUACGCAAUUAUCGGAAUGCAGGUAUUUGGCAACAUCGCCUUGGACGAGAAGUAUUCAAUUAACAAGCACAACAAUUUCCAAAGCUUCAUUCAAGGUCUGAUGCUACUCUUUAGAUGUGCUACUGGUGAAGCAUGGCCAAAUAUAAUGUUGGCAUGUGUAAAAGAUCGUCCUUGUGAUGCCAAUGCUAAAAAAGGUGAAGGGGAAACAUGUGGAUCAAAUCUUGCCUACGCUUAUUUCGUCUCUUUCAUUUUCUUUUGCUCCUUUCUCAUGUUAAAUUUGUUUGUCGCUGUCAUCAUGGAUAACUUUGACUACCUCACUCGUGAUUCUUCAAUUUUGGGAGCUCAUCAUUUGGAUGAAUUUGUUAGAAUAUGGGCGGAAUAUGAUCCUAAUGCAACUGGAAAAAUUCAUUAUUCUGAAAUGUACGACAUGCUCAAGAACAUGGAUCCUCCAUUGGGAUUUGGUAAUAAAUGCCCAAAUAGACUUGCUUACAAGAAACUCAUCAGAAUGAAUAUGCCUGUCGAUGUUGAUGGAAAAGUUAAUUUUACUACAACUUUAUUUGCCUUGAUUAGGGAGAAUCUAAGCAUUAAAAUGAGAAAUGCCUCUGAGAUGGACCAAGCUGAUGAUGAGCUUAGAGGAACGAUUAGAAAUAUUUGGCCAUUACAAGCUAAGAAGUUGUUGGACCUUUUAAUACCUAGGAAUGAAGAGCUGAAUAAAACCAAACUAACUGUCGGGAAAAUAUACAGUGGUCUACUUAUUCUUGAAAGUUGGAGGACAACAAGGUUUGGUCAAAUAGAAGGAACUGGUGGUCAAAUUGAUAACGAUCUAAUCGAUAACGAUAGUGCCGGGCAAAAUCCUGCAGCCCAGGCGCGUUCUACCAUAUUCAACUGCCUAUUGGACAUGGCUGGAGUGAAUCACACGGGGAAUAAUCAUGGUACUGGAAGUCGAACAAAUAGUUUGGAACCGCCUAUGGACUCCGAUAUGAAAAUUGAUCAACAUAGAGACUUCAGAUUGGAUGAAGAUGGGCCAUUUGGACUUCUUGCAACAACUGAAAUUAAGCGUCGCCAUAGCUUCAGGAACAAAAAGAUGGAUUUGCAGAAUAUGGUAAUUAGUGAUUCACGCGGUGGCAGUCUUGAAAGUUUAACUCAUCCGGGUGAAAGACAUCAUCUUCACCAUUCAACGCAUCCAUCACAUCAUUCUAGAUCUCCAAGUUUAAGGUCACCAUCACCUGGACGACAUAGGUACGAUCAUCAUAGUCAUCAACAACACUUUAGUGAUACUGUAAACAACGUCGUAGAAAUUCAAAGGCACUCUCAUCAACCACACCUUCCACAACAUAAUCAUCGACAUAAAAUUAGAGGUCCAUGGAGUGCAUCUACAAGUCCAGCAAGAUCUCCUAGUCCAGUGCAUCCAACGGACUAUGAUUAUCACUACGGUACUACAAGUUUAGAUCAACGUUCUCGAAGUCCUAGUCCAAUUGAAGAAAGAACGCCUGGACAUCCUCAUCAUCACUAUCAUCAUCCCCAUCAGCAUAGUUACCCUGUGCUUGUCAUGCGAAGAGGUCAGGGACGAAGAUUACCGCCGACUCCUAAUAAACCCUCGACCCUUCAACUAAAGCCUUCAAACAUUAAUUUUCCUAAACUAAAUGCUUCACCUACUCAUGGACCACACAUAAUCCAUGUAUCAGGACCACAGCAUGUUUCAAAUUCAAAUGCUUCACAUGGUCACGGCCCCCUUAGUUUUGAACAGGCUGUCGCAAUGGGUCGCGGAGGACGCAUGUUACCAAGUCCUGUUCCCAACGGUUAUAAACCACAACCUGUUCAAACAAAACAAAGAACAACAAGAUCUAAGCACUCAGACAGUGACGAAGAUGACUGGUGCUAGCCAAUGUGGAAACCGAGACACUGGUCCGGUGACAAACAGCAUUUAAAAGGCCUCUCAGUUGGUGCUUGAGAGAACUGCCUAUUUUUAAAAUAAUAAUUCAUUAGUCGGGAUGUGUCAGAAAAUCAGAAAGACAAUUUCCCGUCAACAAAAUGUCGCAAGACUGAAUCUUUCUAAUCGGUAAUGUUACAGAAGCUGCUAGUCAAAAAAAAAAAAAAAAAUGAUUACGAAAUCUUUUCGUGAAGUUUAAAUUGUUAAUCAGAAUGUUUCAUAUGCAAGUGAUAUCAGCAAGUGUUCUCAAAUUAAUUUAUUUAAUAUUAUCUCGACGCGUGUAAAAAUUCCAGUGUUAUCAAAUAUUUGUUUUUAAAUUAUCCUUCUGUCAGAAACUUAAUUAACUUACUCAUUCUUAAAAAAAAAGGCUUGAGAGGUAAUGCGAAUGUUUUGUAUAGACAUUGUACAAUAUCGUCAAUAAAAUAAUCAAAUGGCUCCCAUGAAAACGGAACUUUUAAUACAUGAAUUUAAAUAACUUUGCAUUAGCAGCUUAGUAUAUACGCAGAGGCUCUCAAGGUACUCAGUAUAAGGUCUUCAGUAUUCUUAAUUUUUAUACGACGUCUUCAAUAUGUUAAAACCGAAAUAAUAUCAAUAGUAAAUACUAUAUAAAUUGUUAAGGAUAAGUUUUUAAAAUAAUAUCAAUAACAAUACUAAAUAAAUUGUUAAGGUUAAGUUUUUAAUUAUCUAAUUCCUAAAUUAAAGAAACUGCGAAUAUUAUUUCAAUCUGUUGUAUUUUAAUUCUGUAAAACAAAAUGAAUUAUUGCAAUUUUCAUAUAUAUUAUAUAACGAAUUUUAUAUUUUAAUUUGCUUAUUUAUUAAACAAAUACUUUUAUUUUUUUAUAAGGAAAAGAGGAAAGAGUGUGUAUAAAUUUAAAUUUGUAAUCAUAUUUAAAAAAAAAAAACAUUUACUUCAAUUAAAAAGAAAACUAGGAAAAUCACAGUGGAACUUGGCAUAAGUGUAGAAGUUUGAGUGUCUGUUUAUCUCCGAAAAAUUGAGAUGCUCAAGAUUGAAACCCAAUCAAAUAUGGCCGUAUUAAGUAUUCAUAUUAUGAUAUUGACAUUAUGUCAAUUAUUAGAACGGAAUUUUUUAAAUAUGAGAGCUUUCACAUAAAGAAUAUAAAAGAAUUUAUUGUUUUUAAAGUAAUAAAAUAUUAUUUGAAAAAAUGGUUCUGAUCUAGGUAUAUAUAUAUAUAUAUAGCCAAUACGAGUUCCACAAUAUUGUAAAAUAUUUGUAUCUAUUGUAUUUUAGAAUACUGCUAAUUGAUUCUAUAAAAUUGCUUUCUAUUUCAAAUAAUGUCAUAAAAGGAAUAGUUAAAUAAUGUUGAUAUAUUGAAAAAGUUAAAAAGAAAUUUCAGUUUUUUAAACGUUUUUUUUAUGAAUAUUGUAAAUAAUGAAAAGGGAUAUUUACGAUUAUUUGGUAUUAUUAACAUUUAAAUGUUAACGGCUCAUAAGCAAAUGUACCCUAAAAAGUAUCUCUUCCAAGUAUUAACGAUUUUUACCAAAACGUGCGUUUAGGAGAGUCCAUCAGAUUAGUAAAAAAAAUCCAUCGUCGGAAAUACUGAAUAGCAUCACAUAAAGGUAAAGUGGGAUAAUUUCUAGCUAAAAAUGUACAUUUAAAAAAAUCUCACGAUUUGAGCGUAAGGUAAGGCAGAGGGACACGGUUCGGCCGAAGGGUGUUCAGUAAAAAAAUUGUCAUGCACAUGUAAUUUUCUUUUUGUAAAUGGUAUUUCGAGAUGCUAGGAAGUUUUCCUGUUUUGUUUUUUUAUUUAUGCAUUAAGAGUGUCAAACGGUAUCUGAAAUUCUUUGGCAAGAAGAGAGCUUUAAUUAUCGCUCUGAACGUGAAAUAGUAUUGAUUUUAAAAUACUUUUUUUCUCGAAACACGAACACUUUUAACAAAAUCAGCCAAAAUCCUCAUCUUAUAAAUUUCCUAAAUCCAAAAGACAGUACGAAUCCAUAAAAAAAACAUGGUUGCAAAACAAAAAGUAGAAAAGUAAUCUAAUAACAGCUGCGACUUUGUGCGCCCUGCAUGCUGCUGCCAUCUGACGGCGGCAGGAGGUAAUGAACCCCUCAUUAUAUUACUUUUCGUUUUGCAAUACAUAUUUUUCAAACAAAAUCGAUUUUCUACAGAUUUUUUAAAAAUUUUUAAGAUGUAUUAUUGACAUCACUUUACAUGUGUUGUUCAAAUUUUAUUGAAUUUUACCGUAUCAUUUUCAAGAUAAAAAUUGAUAAAGUUUGAAGUUUUACAUGGGAACAGUGAAAAAAUAUGAAAAAUGACCAUGUUUUCAUUAAUUAAAAAAAAACGGUUCUACAGAUUUUUUUCAAAAACUAAUAUGUUUUAAAUUAUGAGUUUUAACAGUUUUUACAAAAAUAUGAAAUUUUUUUACCGUUUGGUUGUGAAGUAAAUGUUAAUCAAAGUUAGCAACUUUUGAACUUAUCCCAUGUAAAUAAAAGAAAGAAGAGGAGAAACGGCAAAUUAACCUCUAAAUUGGCCAGUGGAGCUCAACUUUUAUGGACUAUAGCUGUCGGUUUUAAACUUACGGAAAACCCCUAAUAGAAUGAGUACCGCUUGAAGGGAUGAACCUCCUUAAGUUUUUUUUUAUCAACAAUUAUUAUUAUCAAAGGCUUGUAAAUUCGAAAUUAAUUGGAAAAUUUUAACAUGUUAAUAAAACCAAAUAACCGUAAAUACCACUUUCCAUUAUAUACAAUAUACAUAAAACAGUUUAAUAAACGAAUAAUAAAAUUUUUAUAAAUAUUUUAUUUUAUUAAGAGGUUACGCCACAGUAGAGUACGAUAUAUCUGUGGCGAAUUAACCAUGAAGUACACAAAGCAAGCGAUUCAUACAAACUCGGUAAGUUAGUUUUUUUUGUACAGUACACAGACAGUACGUAUGCUUGCCGUGAAAAAUAAAAAUGACUGCUUUUUGUCAAGCUGAUCGUGUAAGGUUAUGUGCGCAAUUGUUUCUUUAAACUUUCUGCAUUAUUCAUUCGGUACGCUAAUACUACAAGCUUACAUUGCAAAUAUACGUGCUAUUUUGGUAUUGUGCAACAAUGCCUUUCAUCAGAUUCAAAAAUCAUAUUGAAAUUAGACGAGUCCACAUCACAAUGGUCCGAAAUGAUAAUUUACUAUUUAUAAUUCGUUGAAGACAAGAUUUGAAAUUUUCAUUAUAGAAAAUUUUUUAUUUAAGGCACUAUUCACAUGUAACGGCUAAAAUUUUAGGCUUUUUUCAGAAAUUUUUUUUUUUUCAAUGAAAAUAAAUUACAACUCUAUUGCUUUUAUUACACAUUAUAAUUGGUAUCUUAAAGUAUAGAAACAAAUUUUUUUUUGGUGAAUUUUAAAGUAAAUAAAUAAUUUUUUGUCUGGGUGAAAGUUGACUCCUUGAAAAAUGCUUAAUUUAUUUUCAUUCAAUCUUUUUAAUUUAAAUAAAAAAAUUGGAAUAAAAAUUUAAUGACGUUUAGAGAAAUUUUAUGAUAUUUCAAAAAAAAAAUAAUAAUGUCAACAUCUAUAAAAAAAAAUUGUAAUCUGGAUUAUGAAAAGUAAAUUUUACUUUCAGACUACUGCGUAAACAUCUCAACUAAUUGUAAAUGUUAUUAUAAAGUGUAAAACACUUUAUGAGUGUUUUUAGACACUAAAAUACAUUUACGAUAGUGCGGAUCUUACAUUGACAUGAAAAAAUAAAAUUAAUUUAUAUUUUGAACUCAUAAUAAAAAAUUCUCUCGAAUUUUCGGUAUAGUUGUUAAUAUCCAAAACUUUAAAAGUUUAAAAUAUAUUGAAAAAAUUCGAAAUACUUCCAAAUUUUAAUUAAAAAAAUAAUUGAGUUAGCCAUUUACUGGAUUUGAAAAGUGUGGUUUCGAGAAAAACACGUUAAAAUAUCUUCACAAUAUAGAACCAUAUUUUUCUAAAUCUUUUUCUUUUUUUAAUGUGAAUGUUUAUUAUAAAAAUUCUUAUAAAGAGAUUUAUUGUCCAUAAAUAUUGCACUAUAUAAAGCAUGUUUUAUAAUAUUAAUGAAAGCGUUUGUAAAUAACGGGUUUAUAUAAAACCAACUAUAUUUUAUUUUAAGAUCCUAAAACGAUCAUUUAAAUAAAAAAAAUCGAUUUUAUUUAAUUCUACUGUGGUAUAACUCCUAAAUGUUAAAUUAAAUCACUUUUAAAUAAUUAGUUGAAUCAUACUAUAUUUUUCAAGUUCUUCUGGAAUGACUGUAUAGUAAAUGAACAAACACAAUAAAUCUAUAAAUUAAUUUAUAAAAAGAACUAUUAUAUAGUAUGCCGAAAUUUUAUGACAGCUCAAUGCUUUGUUGUACCAAAUAUUUGUACUAAAAAUAGAAUUUAAUUUCAAUUUAAUUUCAAAUGUUCCUUGCUAGAUAAAAAAAAUAAACAAGAUAAUAAACUAAAACUGCAUAUUCAGAGUCUGAUGAAACAGUGAAAUCUUUAAUUAAUUCAAUGAAAUAGUAUAUGAUGUAAUAAAUGUAUGUUCAUACAGUAAGCUUGAUUAAUUAAUAACUAAACUAGUAUAAUAAUAUGUUUUUAUCAAUUAAACUUAAAAUUUCUUGAAAAGGUAACAUUUAAGAUAAUUUAAUUGAAAUUAAUUAUUAAGAAAAAGAAUUUCGUAAAAACAUUCUGUAAUCUUGAUCUGAAUCAACAAUAAGUAUAUUCCUGAACUGUUCUAGUGAAAAGUUAAAAACUUAUUGAACUGGCUUGUAAUUUUUUUAAACUGUUGCCCUAUAUGGGAGUAAAAAAUUUCUAAAAUAUUAGCUAAUUUUUUUUAAAUGAGAUAAUAUUUUAAAGAUUGGUUACUCUCGUAUAGAACAACAAUUUACCAAAGUUAUCAAUAACUUCUAAUUUUUGAUCUGGACAGUAAAUGAAUUUUCCCCCCAUGUGCUACUGAUUACAAUAAGCUUAUUAUGGGGACCGCCUCUGGGAAACCAGUGCUUACGACCAAAAUCAAUUUUUCGAUAAAAAAAAAAAUUAUUUAAGAUAAAUAAGUUUAUAGUGAUGUUACAAGUGCUUGAAACUCGUUACUUCAAGGAUUUUAGAGUCACUGAUUAUUAAUAUGAUUUUCGAAAUACAAUUAAAAAUAAAUAAAAAAUUGUUAAAUGCAUUUGUAGAUAAAGUGAAAUACACUAACCUUUAUUUUUGUUCGUAACUGGAGAUUUAAAGUCUGUUCAAAAUCACAACUUUUAAUUUUAUGGUUCAAAUGAUUAUCAACAAUUUAAUAAUUUAAUUACAAAUGAAAAAAAUUUAAACAUUGUACAUUGAAUAAAUAUUUUUCAUGCAUUGUCAAUUUAAUUCAAUUACUAGUACUUUACAAAAAUUUUUUUUGACCAAAAUUUUCAUUUUUUCAAGCAAAAAUGGAUCCCUUAUUACUUAAUAUAUUCACGAAGUUUACUUUGUAUUCACUCACAUAAAGUGGAUUUAUUUAUUCAAUAAAUUAAUUUGUUAAUUCACCGUAGGACGUGUCGUAUCGAAAAUAUUCUACAGUAUGACGAACUUAAAGCUUACCUUCUCGAUUAGAAGGUAGAAAAUAUAUACAUAUAUACACCUGUAUUAGACCCCAGGAAGAAUUACCACAAACAAUACCAACCCUUGGACCCUUUGUUGAGGAUUAACUCUAAGGACCCAGGUAAUAAUUUCUUUCUCUCCUUAUCAUAUGGAAAACAGAUAAAAGUCUAAAACUGAAGAGGUAGAGGAAAUCUUUCGUUCUCACACCAAGGAAUAUAAAAUAACUUUUUUUUUCUUUCUCUUUUACAAAAAAAUAACAUGAGAAUGUCUUCCUUUACCUAAUUUACAUAUCUUAAGUGAUGUUAGAUUUUCUUCACUUAUAAUUAAAUUAUUAAAUUGUUGAUAAUCAUUUGAACCAUAAAAAUAAUUAAAAAUUUUCCAAAAACAAUAUAGAUUCAUUUCUCGCUUGAAAUGAUUGUAAACACUCUUUCCCCAGAUACGGUUUAUAUACGUUGAAGAAUAAAUGAAAUUUUCUAGAUUUAGAUUUAAAGACUAUAAAAAAAAAUUGCUUAAUUUUGACAGCAAAAUGUUAAGUUUUUUUUAAUAAGUAUACCGCUAUGUUAUUAAUCUACCUUACUGUAUUUAAAUUUAUUUUACAUUUAUAGAAAUAACGACGAAUGUAAUUAAUAGCUUAAAAUAGAAUUUGGCAUUACAUUAUUGUAUUGUGCUGUCAAACUCUAUUAACGUUCUUCUAUGUUUAACAUCAAACUAUCUAGGAAAAGUUUUAAUAGGUAUGUCAUUUUGAAUCCAGUAUAACGAGAAAAAAAAGAACAGAAUUAUGGGAAGCUAAUCAAAAAUCAUUCAAGUGUGUUUGAAAUUUCAUAUAAUUUUAAAGAGAUGAAACAGAAACUAUUAAAUUACUAUAGAAAAAAUAUCUAAAUUAUAAUUAUUCUAAACUGGAAAAGAAUUGCAAGUUAAAGUUUAUGGAAACCUGAAAUGAAAGUGCCAAUCAAGUCUCUGAUUUUUUGCUAAAAAUUAGAGAUACAAUCAAGUUGCGUAUUGGAAAUAUCCCUUAAAAUAAUUCCUUCGUAAUAUGUUAAUAUAUAUGUAAAUGUAUUACCGAUUUUCUAUUUUAAAUACUUUUUUGUAUUUAAUCAUUUUUUCUUAUUUAAUAAGACAGAACGAAAUUAAUCUGUAACUUGAAUUUCAAUAGAAUAUAAUUCACAGGUUUCUAUUUCACCUCGGAAACAAAGUAUGUUAAAAAAAAAGUUGCAAUUAUUUAUAUUAAAAUGCACCUGAGAUUUACCUAAACUAAACUGACUCAAAAUACUGAAACCUGUUACAUACUGCCAAUCGAUAUCGGAGUAAUUAUGCAUGUCAUCUAAAAAAAAAUGUAGAUACUUAUACAUGCGCGAUAGUUUUUGAUACUCCGUGAUUAAGUGAAUAAAUUUUUGUGUGUAAGCGUGUAUAUUGCAAAUUAUUGAUAAUUAGUAAUGAAUGCAUUUUUUAAUUCAUAAGAAGAAUAUUGGAACGCUAUCCGACAUUAUUUUGUUCUUUAAUUAAUUGCAAACAAUUCUUGAAGUAAUUUUUUAAACAAUUAUGUAAUAAAUUUUUUAAUUAAUGA